UAAUUUUUUUUUUGGAGAACCUUUACCAACUGUGGAGAACUGAGUAUUGAGUGCAACGUAAAACAAGUUCUGGAACUUUCUUUGUAAAUAACGUUGCAAAUAUGUCUCUACAAUGGACGUUAGCUGCUGGUUUUUUGUAUUUAGAAAUCGUGUUUUUAUUCCUGCUUUGUUUGCCGAUUAUUUCCUCGGCAAGGUGGAGUCGUAUUUUUACCUCUAACUUUCUCUCUACUUGCCUAACCUAUGGUCAUCUCUACUUCAAUGUUUUCGUUGUUGCAUUGUUGAUCCUAUUUCUGGAUUCAGUGAGAGAAACGUAUAAAUUCCGAGAUGAUGACUGGGCCAAAGCAGAUCCUUCUGUUGAUCCUAGAACAUCAAUGCAGUUUAAGAUGAGAUUGUUUCGUGCUCAGCGAAAUAUCUAUAUCACUGGUUUUGCUCUUUUCCUACUUUUUGUUGUCCGUCGAGUGGCUUCUCUUCAUCAACACCUUGCCAAUGCUCUUGCAAAGAGUGAGGCAGCCAUGAAACAAGCAAAAGGUGUCAGUGACCAUUGUGAACAACUGAUGGAUGAAAUUGAUGAGUUAAAGAAAUCAAAGGGAAUUAAAGAUCAGAAACAUUCAGAUGAUGAUGAAAGUCACGUGGAUGACUUGCUUAAAAAGAAAAACAACGAACUUGCAGAGAGAGAGAAAGAGUUGGAAAUUACUCGGAAAGAUCUUGAACAAAUGAAAAAGCAAGCUGAAGGAGUAAGCAAGGAGUAUGACCGUCUUCUUGAUGAACAUGGGAAACUUCAGAAGGAAAUUGAGAAGAAAACCGAGGUAGACAAGAAGGAUGAAUAACCCGCUGUGAGAUGAAACACCAAAGUUUAAAUUUAAUAGGAAGUAUAUCGUAAGUGAAACCAGUUGAGAUUUUUAAAACAUUUGUCAGCUUAUGGUAAAUAUUGGGUGAACAUUCUUAGUCUUGCAGUGAGAUAGUAGCAAACUGCUUUCCGCUUUAUUUUCUUACGUGCGUGCGUGAACACACAGGAAUGUUACAUUGAAUAACUAUAAUAGAAUAAAUCACUUGGGAUUUAGUUUUAUUUGUGACGCAGGCUAUUGAGCUAUUUAAUGUAAUUUACAGUUGAAAUGGAUUUCUGCUUUUCCGUGCGUGCGUUCGUGCACAUGUGAAAAACGCAGAGCAAGUGGAAA